AUGAAGUGGAUUAACAAAAAAGAAUUUGGUAAUUUUUAUGUUGAACAAUUAGAAUCAAAUGAAGAUAUUUUCUUGCUUACUUUAAAUGAUAAUGAAAAUAGAUUUAAUGAUGAUAAUCUUGGUCAUUUUCACAAAUCAUUAGAUUAUGUUGAAAGUUGUGAAAAUGCAUCAUGUUUAAUUACAACAUCAAUUAGUCCAAAAUUUUAUUCAUUAGGAUUAGAUUUAGAUUGGGCAUUACCAAGAGGUGCAAAGAAUUUCCAAGAAUUUGUAUUUAGAUUUCAUGCAUUAUUACAAAGAAUAUUAGUAUUCCCAAUUCCAACCAUCUCAUGUAUCAAUGGUCAUUCAUUCGCGGGUGGUGCUAUGUUUUCAAUGGCACAUGACUACAGAAUAAUGAAAUCUGAUAAAGGUUUCUUUUGUUUACCUGAAAUUGAUAUUCAUAUUCCAUUAACUCCUGGUAUGAAUGCUAUUUUACAAUGUAAAAUUACAAAUUCAAAUAUAUUUAGAGAUGUUGUUUUAACUGGUAAAAGAUUUGGAGGUAAAGAAGCAGAGAAAUUACAAUUAGUUGAUAAAUCAUGUACUGAUAUAUUAGAGAAAUCUGUUGAAUUAGCAGAAUUAUUACAUACAAAAGGAAAAGACAGAAUUACUUUUGGUUCUUUAAAAGAAGAAAUGUAUAAAAAUGCUUCCAAAGAAUUACUUGAAAAAACAAUUGGUUUUGCAAGUAGAUUAAAAUUAUUUGAAUCAAAAUUAUAA